AUGAAGUCCUCCGAUAUCGAUCAGGAUUUAUUUACAGACAGUUACUGCAAAGUGUGCAGUGCACAACUGAUAUCCGAAUCUCAGCGCGUGGCUCAUUACGAGAGUCGAAAACAUGCAAGCAAAGUCCGACUGUAUUACAUGCUUCACCCCAGGGAUGGCGGGUGUCCUGCCAAGAGGCUCCGGUCAGAAAAUGGAAGUGAUGCUGAUAUGGUGGAUAAGAAUAAGUGCUGUACACUCUGUAACAUGUCCUUUACUUCGGCAGUGGUGGCUGACUCACAUUAUCAAGGCAAAAUCCAUGCCAAAAGGUUAAAACUGUUGCUCGGAGAGAAAACCCCAUUAAAGACCACAGCAACACCCCUGAACUCACUGAAGCCUCCGAGGGUGGACACUGCUCCAGUGGUCACAUCUCCCUAUCAAAGAAGAGAUUCAGACAGAUACUGUGGGCUCUGUGCAGCCUGGUUUAACAAUCCUCUGAUGGCCCAGCAACAUUAUGAUGGCAAGAAACACAAAAAGAACGCAGCAAGAGUUGCUCUAUUAGAACAGCUUGGGACAACUCUGGAUAUGGGGGAACUAAGAGGUCUGAGGCGCAAUUACAGAUGUACCAUCUGCAGUGUCUCUCUAAACUCCAUAGAACAGUAUCAUGCCCAUCUGAAAGGAUCUAAACACCAGACCAACCUGAAGAAUAAGUAGUGAAAACAUCAAUCAAGAGAUGAGAAAAAAAUGUCAGGAUUUCUCUGCCGUGGAGAAUUGCUUAUCAACUACCAGUGGAGGAUUCUCUCUUGAACAAUGAACAUUUCUUAUGAGGAUUCACAAAUUAACAUAUGACUAAUCUUGGUU